AUGGGUUUCACAGACCUCCCUCCUGAGCUAUGCAUUGAAAUAUUCAAUGAGGUUGUCAUUGCCCUGAGGCAUGAAGCAAUAAAAGCGAGGCUUGUUUGCAAAUUCUUUUAUCAUGGAAUCAACCAGGCCUUCUUAACCCCCCGAGUGCUACGAAUACUAAUUAGCAGUCGGAAACUGGGUUGGCCCCCUGCUAUCGCCAUGAAUAACUAUUUGGGGCUCAGGAUUUUGAAAGAGGGCGAACAUUCAAAUAUCGUUGUUCGUACUAUCCGAAAGUCGGUAGAAGCAUUGCUCCUGUCGGAAAACACCACUUCCCACAAGACCAAAGUCCUUAAAACUGUCACCUUGACUACGGCGGCAUGUUACGUUACUCGACCCAACUGGAUCGUGUCUGUUCAAACCCCUACAAUACCCAAUGAGUGGAAGCUCGAUACAAUACAAACUGAGGAAAUACCCACAGCAUGGAGGCUCAAAACAAUACAAACUCCGGACUUACCAAUCCAUUUACUUUCUGCCGCAGCCUACGAUGGCAGCAUUCAGCUGGCUACAGAUUUACUUCGACAAGGGGUGUCGUGUAAUCAGACAAGCGACGUAUUUGGGCCACCACUUUGCAUGGCAGCUUAUAGAGGGAAUAAGGCGAUGGUCAAUCUCUUACUUAGUUUCAACGCAAACCCGGAAUUUGGCUACAAACCUCGAGGCUACAAAGCUCGAAAGAAGUCAAACCCACGAACUCCCCUCCAAGCUGCCACUUUUGGGGGUCAUGCAGAGAUUGUAGAUUUACUUCUUCAGCCGGAAAUUGGGGUAUCGAGAUCAGGCAGUAGAUACUACAAAGCAAUGGCCAUUGCUGCUAAAUUAGGCUAUAUCGAUAUAUUCAAACGGCUAAUGAAUGCUGGGAAUGUACAGGAUAACCCCUUAUUCCAAUGGGAAGAAUGUCUCAUUAAUGCUUGUUGGUCCGGGUCUCUUGACAUGGUACGCAUAGUACUAGAUAGGAGUGGAAAACUUGAGUGCAUGGAACCCGGGGAAACAUCGUUGUUGGCCGUGGUGAGAAAGAGAUACAGGGAAUCACCGUUGAUAGUCGCGGCGGAUAAAGGAUAUGACAGCAUAGUGCGCUUACUUUUAGAGCGUGGGACGGAUCCAAAUCCUAUGGACUACUUCCAUACAGCUUUAACUGCUGCAGCAAACCAUGGCCAUUUAGAGAUUGUUCGUGUCCUCCUCGAGCACGGAGCCGAUGUUCACACACAGCAUGGCUCAGUCCGGUACGCCGCACGAGGCGGGCAUGGAGAUAUCAUUCAACUACUCCUUGAGAAUGGUGCACAAAUUUCCGGGUGGGAAAGAAACAAGAAUGGCGUUACUGGACAUCAAUUAGGACAAUGGGCAUAUAGGGAGGCAAGCGCGUGGGGCCACAAAUCAUUAGCUUCCAGGCUAUUGGAGCUUGGGGUUAAGAUGGACGACAUAGAUAUAUAA